CGGCCGGCCGCGGAGCCCAGCUAUAAAUGCUUGAGCCCAGGUGCAGGUGGGCCUGCCCCGCGGGAGCUGCAGGCCUCGGCAGCCACACCUGCCGCCCCGGGGACGUGGGCUCGAGGAGAUGGCCGCGGGAGUGAUCCGGCCUCUGUGCGACUUCCAGCUGCCCCUGUCCGCCCGCCGGCCCUUCCUGCCCUCAGACCCGGAGCCAGGAGACCUCGAGGACGAGGACGAGGACGAGGAGGAGGAGGACGCACCAGAGACCGCGGGGCCGGGUGGCAGGAGCCCAGGCCCCUGGGCCUCGGGCUUGGCCCCAGAAGCAGCCCCUCGGGGUCCCAGCAGCCCAGAGACUCCCCUGCGGCUGCUGCGGUUCUCCGAGCUCAUCAGCGGCGACAUCCAGCGGUACUUCGGCCGCAAGGACGGGGGGCAGGACCCUGACGCUGGUGACGUCCAUGCAGACGACCUCCAGUGUGCUGACCCCGUGCGCCCGGCUCCAGCUGGGCCCCUAGACGGCGACGAGGCUGCGCAGCCCGGAGUGCUCUCCCCCAGGGGUCCUGAGGGGCAGGCUCGUGGUCUGGGACCGCUGGCCGAGCUCUUCGACUACGGGCUGCGGCAGUACCCGGUGCCUUGGGGCCCAGCUGGCAGGCGGCUCCGGCUGGAGCGCAAGUAUGGCCACAUUGUCCCCAUGGCCCAGAGGAAGCUGCCGCUCUCCUUCUGGGAGGAGCCGGCCCCUGGCCCCCUGGGCCUGCUCCACCCUGGCACGCCUGACUUCAGCGACCUGUUGGCCAGCUGGUCGGCAGAGACUGGCCCCGAGAUGCCCGGGGGAGGGGACCCCCAGGCCCUGGACGGGGUGCCACUGGCCGAGGCCUAGCAAGCGGGCCAGGGUCCGUGGGCACCGGGGCAGCAGGCACUGCCUUUUCUUCAGGGGCGCGGCCUGUCACUGCUCUCUCUGCUGGAGCCCCAGGGGCCGUCCAACCAAGGUGGCCGGCCACCAGCAGAACAAGCCAACUCAGGGAGGGACGUCCCAGGCCCGGGGAGGAUAGGCCAGGCUCCAACUGGGGCCUGGAGCUGCCACCACCAGAGGACCCCUGGGAAGGGAACAGGCGGGAACUGCCAUCUCAGACAGCCUGGCCCUUAGCCCUUGGAGCUCUGCCCCCGGUAGGGGAGGGCAGGUGGGCUCAGGUGGUCUGCACACUGUGCCCUACUCUGGGUGAGGCCCACUGGCUGUCGAGACCUGC